CUUAAUAUUUAAUAUAUUUACAAAAAUACCCCUAACCCUAAUUUACCCUAACUCUCUGAUCUCUCUCUCACGAAUCGAAGCCUGCCUUGCGCCAUUGCCUCCUGCCUCCUCUUGGAGUCUUCAGAACAGAUCUCUCACUCUCGGUCUCUCUCCGUCUCUGCUGUUGCCUCGCGGCUCUGUCUCCGCCGUUCGUCUCUGUCUCCGUCGUUCGCCUCUGUCUCCGCCGUCGUUCGCCUGUCUCCGCCGCCGUUCGCCUGUCUCUCUCGCUCUCGGUCUCUCUCCGUCUUUCACUUCUCCGUCGGUCGGCUCGGCUCUGCUCCAUUGUUUCUCUGUCGUCGUUCAGCUGUCUCCGCCGUCAUUCGGCUCUUCUCCUCCGUCGUUUGCUUAGCUCUCUUGCUCUCGGUCUCUCUCCGUCUUUCGCUUCUCUGUCGAUCUGCUCUUGCUCUGCUCCGUCGUUCAUCUGUCUCCGCCGUCGUUCGACUGUCUCGCCUCUUGGUCUAUCUCCGUCUUUCGCUUCUCCGGCGUUCGGCUCUGCUCAGUCUCCGGUUCCUCUCCCGCAUCUCAGCAUCAAAGUGACAUAAAUAGUUCGGAUUUGGCAGAUUUUUUUUAAUAAAUUUUACACGAGUUCGGAUUCGAACUCUCUCGGAUACCCGAAUCUUGGGUACCCGAGCUUCGCGAGAUAGAGAUUGAGACAUUUUAAUUAAAAAUCCGACGAGAUCGAGAUCGAGAUAAAGACACCCAAAAAAGUCCGGGUACCCGCCCGUGUCCACCCCUAGUCCGAACGAACCCGUUCUGCAUCGCUAAUUGCAUGAAAAUACAAUCCCCUAUGGCACAACGACGCCGUUUCGGCUUCUUUCGAUUAACCUAACCGGUCUUCGAGAAUCAAAACGAGUGCGACAAAACAUCGAGACCAGAUUGUUUUCGCCGGGAACUGAGUACGAUGGAGAUCGACAUCGGAAUUGGAGGAGAAGACACUGGGUUCCGAGAUUACAAUGCCGACAUCAAGAGGGAGAAGCUGAGAUCUGUUCUCGCCGAUCUUCUCUCCGACCCGAUUCUCGCCGACGUUCCGAGGAACCCCACUUUGUCGGAAGUCGUUACACUUGUUAGCUUAGAAAAGGGAAGCGCCAUGCGUCUCUCCGUCGUCAAGCUUGACGGCUCCUCCUUCGAUGUGGCCGUGAUGAAUUCAGCUACUGUGAAGGACUUGAAGCUUCUGAUCAAGAAGAGAAUUAGUGAAACGGAGCAAGCUCACUUGGGUCAUCGUCAUAUUUCUUGGAAGAAUGUUUGGUCAAAUUUUUGCCUCUCAUACAAUAACGAGAAGUUGCUAGACGACAAUGCCGUUCUUCAGGAUGUGGGCAUUCGGAAUAACUCUCAGGUGAAUUUCACACCAUAUGUAACGAAGAAGGGUCGAGGGAGACAUUCCAAGAGGAAGAAACACCGUCUCUUUCGUGGUCUCAUCGACAAAACCUCUUAAAACCUUAUGCUGGUAUGUAUGUACUAUGUAUGUACUUAUGUAUGUAUCUUCUUCGUCCGAGUUCUCUCUCCAAUCCACUUGCAGAAGGAACCUUCUGUUUUCUUGCAAUGGAAACCAAAGUCAGUCUCUCUCUCAACUCCGUGGAUGUUUUGUUUACUUUGAUUAUUCUGUGGCCGGUUAAUGGUGAAUUUGGUUUAUAGAUUCGGAAUCAUUUCUGGUUAACCGGAUUGUACCGACCGGUAUACCGGUACACAGUUGAGUAAGCUAGAGCGUCUGUAUUCAUCCUUUA